ACUGUGGUCAACGGUGAUAAUUCAGCAGCUCCGUAGGCAAGACACUGAGGAGUUAAAACUCAUCCCCUCUCAUUUUUCUCCCAUUCCAAAGGAUCCAUCUGGAGUCUUCAGUAGAUGACUCUGAAGAUGAAGACACCAUCUAUACUCAUGACCACACCGUCCAUCCUCCAUGAGAAACUAAAUAUCAGCUCUUCAGAACAGCCAAGUGUGUGGCUGAACAACAGCACAUUACCACCAAUCAAGUCACCGAGCUUAUGGAUGUCAUGUUUCACUAUGAUACUAGGGACUGUUUCCAACCUCACUGCUCUUGGCAUCUUGGUUAAAUCUCGAUUCCGAUUUCGACGACAAUCUAAAGCUCCAUUUCUUCUACUAACGGUGGCUUUACUACUGGCUGACCUUGCUGGUCAUGUGAUCCUAGGUGCCUUUGCCACGUCCCUGCAUAUAAAGCAGAGUUAUAGAAUAGGAACUGGGAAGCCCAGUAUGACUUUCUGCCACAUUUUCGGGGCAUGUAUGGUAUUUUUUGGCUUAUGCCCUUUGCUGUUGGGUUGUGCCAUGGCAGUGGAGCGCUGCAUAGCCAUUACCUACCCAUUUUUUCAUGCUAGUAUGAUCACAGUGGCUCAUGUGAGAGGAGUUGUGUUAUUUUUGUGUUCUCUUGCACUCAUACUUGCAGUUCUACCUUUAUGUGCUAUUGGUACUUACACUACUCAGUCUCCAGGAACUUGGUGUUUCUUGCCCGUCCAUGGUCCACAGUCAACAAUGGACAGAAAUCUGGCUCUUGCCUUCUCAUGUCUUGGGCUCACUGCACUCACUGUUUCCCUGCUGUGCAACAUCCUGAGUGGUCUGGCAUUGCUGCAGGCUAGAAAGAAGACCCAGAAUGUUAAUACAAAACCAGCAGCUCACUGCAUCCGUCGAGCAUCAUCUGCUUCAUCUUCCUCUUUAUUUUGUUCAUUGGAUGUUGAAAUGAUGGCACAACUGGCAGUGAUCACUGUUGUUUCCUGUGUGUGCUGGACUCCUUUCCUAGUCCACAUUGCUGUGAUGCAGUUCGACCCUAGUCCAACCCUUCCAGACAGGUUCAUUCUCCUGGGCUUACGCAUGGCCUCCUGGAAUCAGAUCCUGGAUCCUUGGGUUUACAUCUUACUGAGGCGGGCGGUGCUUCUCAAAGUUUGUUGUGCUUUCAACACCAAGAGAGCUACUUAUAGCUCUACUGUAAACAGGGAGGUUUUCAGUAUGCAGUGAGCACGUUGA